AUGGCCGAGAUUUUUAGCGCAAUGGAAGGAUUCAAUCGCUUUAUUAAAGAAUAUUCAGAUCCAAGGACGAAGGACUGGUUCCUCAGCGGAAAACUAGGUCAUCUCUCGCUAAUUCUAGUCACCUAUGUCUACUUUUGUACCAAAGCAGGGCCCAGGUACAUGAAAGACCGAAAACCCUACGAGCUCAAGAGAACCAUACAAGUAUACAAUUUCCUCCAAGUACUGAUCAGUGCUUACCUCUUUUACGAAGGUGUUGUCGGAGGAUGGACUGAUUACAACCUGGCUUGCCAGCCUGUCGUUACCGGAGAAAAAGGACUUCGCAUGGCUAGGGCUGUUUGGCUCUACUUCAUAUGCAAGCUAGUCGAAUUGCUGGACACAGUUUUCUUCGUUUUAAGAAAGAAAUUUAACCAAGUAUCCUAUCUACAUUUGUACCAUCACACCCUGAUGCCGGUAUGCGCUUGGAUAGGUGUUACAUUUUUACCAGGUGGUCAUGGAACGCUUUUAGGUGUAAUAAACUGUUUCAUUCACGUCAUAAUGUACACCUAUUAUUUCGUCUCAUCGUUGGGGCCGCAAUAUCAAAAGUACUUGUGGUGGAAAAGGCAUGUAACUGCACUUCAAAUGAUCCAAUUCUGCAUUGUAUUCUGGCACAACUUCCAAGUGAUCUUCAGGGAAUGCGACUACCCAAAGUUCCUGAACGUCCUCCUGACGACGCAAGCCGCCUAUUUCUUCUACCUUUUCGGGCGCUUCUACGUGAACAGCUACGUGAAGAACAAGAAUAAAUCGAAAUGCGCUGACCAAACGUCCGGCAAAUCCCACAACGGGAGCAUCCCGAACGGAAAGCACGCCGUACAAACGAACGGUUGUCAAAUGGGAAACGGAUUUUUGAAAAACGGGAACGGAUCGAUUCCAAACGGAAAACUAAAAGCUCAAUAA